CGUCUGUCCCCAUCAUCUGAGGUUUCUUCCCGACCAUCAUGUUGUCUCAACUCUCUAUCGACCCCGUUAGACCUGCAGAAUUUGCUUCUGAGGAAACUAUCCUUGCGCUUGGUCGUCAAGUGUUAGAAUCCACCGAUUCUUGGAAAGUAGGCAAGACCUUCUCAAAGGGCACCGUCCAAACACUUUCCCGCGCAAAGGGACCAGGGGACGGAGCCCCUUGGCAUUGCAGAGUGUCCGAGCACACCAAGGAGGACGCGACGUUCGAUGAAUUUUGGAGUAAGAUUGGUGUUAACAAAGCUGAGAACGAGAAGGAGUUCAUCUCUGCGAUCAAGAAAGUGACGCUGGUCAAGCGAAUCUCAGAGACUCAGACCAUCUGGACAAUGUACUACACUUUCCCUCCCCCUGUCUCUCCACGCGUUUUCACCGUGUUGCAAACGAUACACCUCCACGAGUCGGCUCCAAGAACUGGUCUGGUGGUUUCAAUUCCAGUUGAUUUGUCUGGCGACGAUCUCGCCGCGCUUGAAGAGAAAGGUACAAAGGGACGAUAUGUCUCCGUCGAACGCUUGCUCGAGUUAGAUGACGGCACAGUAGAGUGGCGAAUGGCGACGUCCAGUACACCUGGAGGAAGUAUCCCGAAUUUCAUCACGGAGGGCAGUAUGCCAGGUCAAAUAGCUGCGGAUGUUCCUCACUUCUUGAAGUGGUUCCAUACCGUUCGCAAUCAAGGAACUGCAUAACUCGAUAGUUGGAAUGAGAUUGGACAGUAGAUGGGUAUACAUAUACGCCUGUCCAAAGACGAUGAGUAGUUUAUCAUGUUUGCAUUCGUUUCAGAGUGUUCUUAUUGUCGACCGUCCUUGCGAGACCCAUUGUAAUUAUGGGUAAAGCGGAUCUCAGAGGAUAUAACUGCAAUAUUAUUUUGCUUGCUCUCGGCUCU